UAUUUCUGGGUUUUUGAUCCGUUUGGCUUGUUGGGUCUCUGAUCAGUUGUUCUUAAUUAUGGGAAAUCUGUGUGUGUAAUUUGAUGUGGGGUGUAGUUGUAAUCGCGGAAUUCGAUGUGUUUGGCUCUUAAUCUGGAUUCGGGGCUCUUGGCUCUUGAAAUCAUCUAUGGUUUUUUAAGGGUUUUAAUCUGCUGUGAUAUGGGUUUUCCUUGAUUUGGGAUUGGAUUAGAUUCUCGGAGCUGACUUUACCUUAACCUGGUUUGUGGAAUUGGGUGGUUUAGGCUUAUAUUGUUCGUUCUUUUUCUCUGUCUAAAGAUGUCUCUUUUCUGUGUUAUUGCUGUUUAUGCAGCUCAACUGUGAGGUUCUUUAAUUUCUCUUCUUUUCUUUUUGGACUCUUUUUGUUUUUCUUGUACAUAGAUUGUGUUCUUUCCCACGAACGUUUAGAAUGAUUCCGUCACAGAUAUCAGAAGUUCUUUCAAGUAUUCUAACAUAAAUGUUAUUCUACACCUCUAAUAGCAUGUACUGGUAGGAUAGUGGAUUCAUGAUUGAUGGUCUUCUUGGAAUAGAUGUUAUAAUUACCAAACGAUAUGGUAAUAGGAUAUUAGUUCUUAAAUUUUAUGCUUUCUGCAUUGUCGAGUUCAUCAGAGUUGUUGGUAAAUGGGAUCUGAGGGCCCUCCUGCAGUAACAGUCCACAUAACAGGUUUUAAGAAAUUUCAUGGAGUUGCAGAGAAUCCUACUGAAACGAUUGUUAGUAAUCUAAAGGAGUAUAUGAAGAAAAAGGGUCUUCCCAAAGGGCUGAUCCUGGGAAGUUGCAACAUUCUUGAAACUGCCGGACAAGGAGCACUCGUUCCCUUGUAUCAGACACUGCAAUCUGCUGUGAGCACAAGAGAAACUGAGUCAUCCAAUCCAGGAACAAUCAUUUGGCUACACUUUGGAGUUAACAGCGGUGCAACAAGGUUUGCUGUUGAGCAUCAAGCUUUCAAUGAGGCUACUUUUCGGUGUCCUGAUGAAAUGGGUUGGAAGCCUCAGAAAGUUCCCAUUAUUCCUGCAGAUGGAGGAAUUUCACGAAGACGAGAGACUACCCUUCCUGUUGAAGAGAUAACAAAGGCCUUGGCCAAGAGGGGUUUUGAGGUGGUGACCUCCGAUGAUGCUGGUCGUUUUGUUUGCAACUAUGUGUACUAUCAUUCACUCCGCUUUGCAGAGCAAAACGGGACAAAAUCUCUCUUUGUACAUGUGCCACUCUUCUUAACAAUAGACGAGGAGACCCAAAUGCAAUUUGCUGCUUCCCUGUUGGAUGUACUUGCAUCACUAAGCUAGUAUUUCACCAUCUCCCUGGUCUGUCUUCAUGUCUGGAGGCAUAUUUGCCUGUAUUGUUAUUGGCCAUGUAUGUGGAAGGGGAUGGUUUGUGUUUGUUUUAAUGCUUUAUAUAAUAAGCAUGUGAAGGGGAAAUGCAUUUUGGCACAUGCAUCUCAUGUACUCUCUGGUAUUCUUCUUAACGUCUGAAAGCACCGUACUGAAAUUUCAAGCAUCUUUCAUGCUACCUGUGAAUGAAAUCCUUCCUCCAUCGGCAA